GUAUGAUUGUAAUCACGAUUCAACUACGCUAUGCUCAGAGUUCCCUCGUCCUGUAAGUCACUGCAAAUCAUCCACCACAGAGACCAUGGAUACCAUUGACGAGACCGAAUAGGACGAGGCCAACAUGUAUAUUCACAGUAAUGUGUUACAACGUGUUGUGCGACAAAUACGCGACUCGACAAAUGUACGGUUAUUGUCCAAGCUGGGCGCUCGACUGGGAAUAUCGGAAAAAAGGAAUUCUGGACGAAAUCAGACAUUACGCUGCAGACAUCAUCAGCCUGCAGGAGGUGGAGACAGAUCAGUUCUACAAUUUUUUUCUGCCUGAGCUCAAGCACGACGGUUACGAUGGAAUCUUUUCCCCGAAGUCGCGAGCGAAGACAAUGGCUGAGAAUGACCGGAAAUACGUCGAUGGUUGUGCUAUCUUCUAUCGGACAGCCAAAUUUACCUUAAUAAAGGAGCAUUUAGUCGAAUUCAAUCAAUUGGCAAUGGCGAACGCGGAGGGCUCGGACAAUAUGUUGAACAGAGUGAUGCCCAAGGACAACAUCGGGCUUGCAGCUUUGCUUAGAACGAAAGAAGCUGCAUGGGAUAACGGCUUGCCAUCUGAUCCAGCACAAGUUCAACAACCAAUUUUAGUAUGUACAGCACACAUCCACUGGGAUCCAGAAUUUUGUGAUGUUAAAUUAAUUCAAACAAUGAUGCUCAGCAAUGAAUUACGUUCCAUUUUGGACCAAGCUGGCCAGUCUUUCAGACUUGGUCACAAGCCUGACUCUUCCAAUGUUCAACUAUUACUUUGUGGUGACUUCAAUUCCUUACCUGAUUCUGGAGUAAUCGAAUUUCUUACAUCUGGACGAGUAGCGGCCGAUCACCGUGACUUUAAAGACUUAGCUUAUAAAUCAUGCUUACAAAAGAUCUCUGGUUGCGACAAACCUAAUGAAUUCACCCACUCCUUUAAACUUGCAUCUGCCUAUAGUGAAGACAUCAUGCCCUAUACUAAUUACACAUUCGAUUUCAAAGGAAUAAUAGACUACAUUUUCUACUCAAAGCAAAGUAUGGUACCAUUAGGACUUUUGGGUCCAUUAAGUGCAGAUUGGUUUAGAGAACAUAAAGUGGUUGGGUGUCCACAUCCUCAUGUUCCAUCUGAUCAUUUUCCACUGUUGGUAGAAUUAGAAAUGACACCAACAGUAGGAACAAGCAAUGGAUUGAUCUCACGAAGGUAGCAGCCGCUGCGUACUAGGCCCAAGUAAAAAUAAGGAAAUAAACAAUAAUAAGGAAAAAAUCUCCAUCACAUUUUUCUCUUACUUCUGGCUCUAGCAAUAUCACUCGCAGUCAACGACUAUUCUAAUGGCAAAUAUUACAAAUACUCCAUAUUACCGCACAUUCAACAAAUUAUCAGAUAUUGAUGAACAAUUCUAAUGACCAGGUGAAGGGAGUCGUGUUGUAAUGCGUUUAGCCCAUGUAUAGUGUAUUGCAUUUUUAAGACUUACCUUUCCCAUAUUAAGAGUAUUGUAACCUUUAUCACCAUCGUAAUAUGUAGAUACCUAUUUUCCUACAAAAAGAUAUUCCGAUCAAGCCUCUGUGAUAUUGACAUUAACAAUUGGAACAAUUUCACAUAUUUAUUAACAAGUUAGUAUCUACUAGAUGAAUCCCCUAAUCUCUUCCUAAAUGUCAUUACAACAUUCUCCAAGCCAAUUUUUUUAUAAGAAUGCUGCCAUCCAACAAGAAAUUGUAUUUUUAAACAAAACAAAAACAAAAAAUAAUGAAAACAUACACGCUAUACUGGGCUGUGCGAAGUGAUUGGAGUUGACUUAACAAUUUCAAUGCAAGUACAAAUCUGUUCUUAUUGGCCACGUAUAUUGAUAAUGAUAAUGUUAUAUAAAGAAAUAGAUGAUAUUG